GACGUCGUCUUGUCCUCGAAGCGUUGAGAAAAGAGGCUUUGUAUCGCUUUCUCUCCUCCGAGAUCUGCACCGUGUCAGUAGCGGGACACAGAAAGCCAGGCCAGGCGGCGGUUUUAAAUCAGCAAUGCGGAUCGCGACGCUGAUCUCUCUGGCGAGGCCGAUCGGCCCGGUGGUGGUCGGCAUCUCUCUGGGCUUCACUCUCAGCCUGCUCAGCGUCACCUGGGUGGACGAGAGCUGCGGCUACGGCGCCGUCGGGGUGACCGAGGACGCGCCGGUGGCUGCGCCGGGGGCUGCAAAGGGAGCGCGCAAACCGAGCUCCAUAGCAACCGGUAACACCGACGAGGACGACUUUGAGCCCAAAAUAGUGCCAUACAACAAACCUUCUGAGCAGGGUCCGCCGAAGAAAGUUUUCAGAUCCAAAUAUGCUAGCUCGGAGCUCGGCAUUCAUGAGCGUCUCUUUGUAGCAGUCAUUACCUCCAAAAACAACUUAAACACUUUGGCCGUGGCAGUCAACCGGACACUGAAUCAUUACCUGGACGGCCGGCUUAUCUUUUUUACCGGCUUGCACAACCGCAAAGUGCCUCACGGAAUGUUUGUGGUGGCCCACGGGCAUGAACAUCCUGUGCCUAACAUGUUCCAGACGGUGCAGUACCUCUUGGAACACCAUGUAGCUGAGUAUGACUGGUUCUACAUACUUCAGGAUGACACUUAUAUCCAGCCUGACAGACUGAAGACACUGGUGGGCCACUUGAGCAUGGACCUCCAGUUGUACAUGGGCCACCCAGGGGAGUUCAUUGGAGGUGAAGCCCAGGGAAGGUAUUGUCAUGGAGGUUCAGGUUUUCUCCUAUCCGGGGCCUUACUGCUGAAGAUUAAGCCCUUCUUGGAGCGUUGCAGAACUGACAUUGUAAGUGUCAGGCCUGACGAGUGGCUGGGGCGAUGCAUCGUCGACUAUGCUGGCAUUAGCUGUGUGAAGGAGUAUGAGGGUCUUAAUUAUAAUUACUUUGAGAUGAAAAAAAACAUGGACCUAAAUGGAGACGAAAGCCCUGACUUCCAGAACGCUCUAUCGGUUCACCCGGUGACCAGCCCAGAGCAGAUGUAUCGCCUGCACAGAUACUUCACAGAAAGAGAGCUUCAGAAAACCUAUGAAGAGAUCAAGAAACUUCAGGCGGAGAUAAAGAACAUUAGCCACUUGGCUGUGGAUGGUAACAGGAGCACAGCAUGGCCUGUAGGGGUCCAGCCGCCUUUUGAGCCAAAGAGUCGGUUUGAGGUGCUGCGUUGGGACUAUUUUACCGAGGAGCAGCUGUUCUCCUGUGCCGACGGCUCACCCAAGUGCCAGCUGAGUGGUGCCGACCGUGCCGAUGUGGAUGAUGUCAUUAAGGUUGCUGUGGCUGAGCUAAAUAAGAAAUACUCACCUGUUCUGCACCUGAGUGCCCCACAGCUAGUCAACGGCUACAGACGAUUUGAUCCAACCCGCGGCAUGGAAUACACACUUGACCUAGAGCUCCGUGCUGAGACUGAAUCAGGCUCGGGACAACUGCUCUCACGGCGUGUCCAUUUGCUGAGGCCCUUAAGUCGGGUGGAGAUCAUUCCCAUGCCAUAUGUGACCGAGGCAACACGGGUACACAUUUUGCUGCCCCUAACUAGUGCAGACCUUCCCUCAGUGGUUCGCUUCCUUGAUCGCUGUGCUUCAAGUCUGUUUGAGCCAGCUGAGAAUGCAAUACUCAGCUUCCUCUUUCUGUAUGAGCCUGCAGAGGCACAGAAAGUGAGCACUGAUGAUGUUUUCGCAGAGGUCAAGGCAAAAGUGGCUGCUAUAGAACGGCGCUUUCCUAAUGUCAAAGUUCCAUGGAUCAGUGUGAAGACCGAGAACCCAGGUCUUCUGCGUGUGCUGGAUGUGGUAUCAAGGAAACAUCCGGCAGACACGUUGUUUUUGUUAGCUACUGCUCACACAGCACUCAACCCUGAAUUCCUGAAUCGCUGUCGUAUGAAUGCCAUAUGUGGCUGGCAGGUUUUCUUCCCCGUCCACUUUCAAAACUUCAACCCAAGUGUGGCAUAUCCUGAUCAGCCUCUGCCCACGGGUACAGAUUUGGUGCGUGAGGCGGGCCACUUCGACCGCUAUUCUUUUGAAGAGGCAUGCUUCUACAACGGCGACUACAUGUCUGCUCGCGCACACAUGGAAGCCGAUGCGCGUGAGGACGAAGACCUGCUUGAGAGCCUGGAUACCUACGAUGUGUUUGUGCGCUAUUCAGGCCUGCACGUGUUCCGUGCCGUGGAGCCCGCGCUGCGCCAGGAGUACCGAAAUCACACAUGCGACGCGCGGCUUAGCGAGGACAUCUUCCAUCGUUGCCUCCAGAGCAAACGCGAGAGCAUCGGCUCCCGGUCGCAGCUCGCCAUGCUCAUGUUCGAACAAGAGCAAGGCAACAGCACCUGACCUCUUUCAUGAGUCACGUUGCAGGAAUCAGAGACAGGCGACAGGCUAUCAUGUUCUGUCCUGCGAGAUUUCUACAAAUCAUUUGAAAGAACAUGCAAACAACAAGGUGCUUGGGAUCCUCUAAAUAAGCCACCACUCCAUAACCCAGCAGUGGGCAGAAUGGAAACAUGAAACCUGAAAUGGAAAUCAUUUGAAGGACCUUUUUUCAGAGAGUGUGAAAAAUGUAGUAGUGGUUCUGACUGGAGAAUGGCUCUGUGGUGGCUCUGACAGAAGCAAUAAGAAGCAAUCACGGAGGAAACUUUAUGGUUACAUUUGUUUACAACAAAACUAGAGACCUCAGAAUGGGGGAAAGCAACCAGUUCUGCAGCCAAUUCCAAGAAUCUCCAAAUGCCUGUGUUAAAAAAUGUAUUUCUGUCUCACAUUCCUUUUCAUGCUUUUUUUUUUUUUCUUUGGUCGGGGGCCAACAAUCAGAUCUGUGUAGCCUCUUUGCCUUCAUCACGGUACAAUGUAUUUCAUGACUUGUAAAGAAUCUGGAAAAACCAAGUGUCAGUGCCGUACUGUGCAUUUUUCCAAAUUGUGUUGCAUUUGCCCGAAUUGUUUUACUUGAGGAAGUAAGCAACACAAGUGGUCAGUGCUUUACAAUGAUAUGAAUGUAUACGUCACACAUUGUGUGUGUGUGUGUGCGCGCGCGUUUGACAUUGGCCUCUGUGGUAUCACUAUUUUAUUGAAUGAGAUUAUUAUCAUUCAUAUUAUUUAUAAUAUGUAGUGCAGUAUAAAUUAAGUUUUACAUAUCUAUAUAUUAAUAUAUACACAUGUAGCUGCUGCAGCUGUUAAAUCCCAGGACUGACAGCUGACCGUGACUCAAAAUCCCAAAUUAAAUUAGAUGUACAGUACAUAUAUUUAUGCCCAUUAAAGAUGCCCCAGUAGCAGAGCAGAGCUACAUGCAUAUAGACAAUAUGGUACAUUUAGGUUUCAGAAGGUUACAGGUCAGUGGUUCUCAACUCCGCCCCGGGAGGACCAGUGCCCUGUCUCAGCUCCCAGCACUAUUCAUCUAAUUAACAUCCUCAUCUUAAUUAAAGUUGGUGUGGUAGAGCAGGGAAAACACUAAAAUAUGCAGGACAUUUGUGCUCCAGGAUUAACGUUAAGAACCACUGUUGCGAUCACAACAACUGGCAUUUCUACUUCUAUCAUUGGAGCGUUCAUGCGAACUCGGCCAUCUAAAAUAGCCAAUUAAACAAAUACCCUCUGUAAGCUGUUUUACACAACUUGGAACUGAAGUGGUAUUUGGUUAGUGUUUUUUUUUUUAUAUAUAUAUAUAUA